GAAUCAGAGACAUUAGAGUUCAGUUCAUUUUAGUCUGUCGAACUGUUAAGAUGAUUGUUAAAUUUUGCAAUUGUUUUUUCAUAAUAUUUUUUAUAAUAGUGGCAGAAAGUUAUGUUAUCAUUGAAAGACCAAUUGAAAAAAUUAAUAACCAACCAAUUAUUGGAAUUUUAUCACAAGAAUUAAUACCCGGAUUGUAUGAAAAUUAUACUAAAUUAUAUAAUAGUUAUAUAGCAGCUUCAUAUAUAAAAUUUGUUGAGGGAGCCGGAGCUCAAGCUGUUCCAAUAUGGAUUGGACAAAAUGAUUCCUAUUAUGAGGAUAUAAUGAGUAAAAUUAAUGGAAUAAUUUUCCCUGGCGGUGAUGUCAAUUUCAAUUGUACCGAUGGUUAUGCUGACGCUGGUGAAAAAAUUUACAAAAUUGCCAAAAAAUAUAAUAACAAUGGAGAUUAUUUUCCAAUUUUGGGAAUUUGUUUAGGAUUCGAAUUAUUAACUUAUCUUACAGCUAAUCGUGUCGAACAUAGAGAAAAUUGUUUUUCAGAAUGUCAAGCAAUUCCUCUCAAUUUUACAGAAGAUUUUAAUAAAAGUUAUAUGUUCGGAAACACUCCGGAAAAUGUAAUCGAAAUUUUAAAAACGGAAAAUGUUACAGCCAAUUAUCACACAUAUUGUCUGACGAAAGCCAAUUUUGAAAAAGUUAAUUUAACCAAUUAUUUGCGUAUAAUGUCAUUGAAUUACGAUAAAAAUGGUUUGGAAUUCAUAUCAACAAUUGAAGAUAAAAAAUAUCCAUUUUAUGGACUACAAUUUCAUCCGGAAAAAAAUGAUUACGAAUGGGCUAAAGGAAGAGGCAUUCCUCAUGGCAAAAAUGCUACAAUUAUUCAACAAUACUUUGCUAAUUUCUUCAUAAAUGAAGCUCGAAAUAAUCUGCAUAAAUUUAAUGAUAAAAAUGAGGAGAAAAAUACUUUGAUCUAUAACUAUCCUGUAACAUAUACAGAAAAAUCAUUAAUGAUCGAAAGUUACUUUUUUAAUAAUAUGCACAAGAUACUUUAAAAUAUAGUUCAAAAUAAUUUAAUAAUAAUUACUAUUCAAUUAAAUAAUUAUUAUUUCUCUACCAUUUCUAAGAUAAGAUUUUUUUUUUUAAAUUGAGCAAUUGACAAAUUAUUUAUUAAUUUAGAAAAAACAAACUAUUUUUUAUAUUCCUCUUCAAGGUAAGUAGAAUGAUUCAUUUGUUUUAAAAGUUUCUUAUCAUGUACGUGAUGUUUUCAGAUUUACAGUUUCAAACAAUAACCAGUAAAGAAAAUUUAAAAUGCAUUCUGAUUUAUAUUUAAAAUACAGUGACCAGUUGCUAAAAAUAGUUAGUCUAAGUGAAUGCAAAAGUUAGUAGUGAGACUCAAAUGAUUUUUCUACAAAAAUUUUAUUGCCAAAUAAAAUAUUGUUUUCUUCUGUUAAUAAAAAAAUCUAUCGACU